CCAGAACCUAGCAAUACUCCAUUGAUAAAUGAACCCUGCGAGUAUGAAUUGAGUUACCCAAACUGAAGACAGAUACCGAGCCUAGCUGAAUGGCGACGAGGUAGAUUGACCCCUGACCGACCAAUUAAGAGCCCACAUCGGCCCACUAAUUGCUGCAGUCCGCCAUGUUCGACAGCCCGUGGAACAGCUCAUACCGGCUCGGGUUCGAUUCCCGCUACACCCAGGACUGCACCUUCUUCUUCACCUUCUACAGCCAGUUCGGGCUGCGGGCGGUCGAGGCCCGGCUGGAGGCCGCGGGUCUCCUCGCGGUGCUCUUCGUCUCGGUCCUCACCAACUCCUUCCUCAUCGCGGCCCUCCUCAAGGCCAGGAACAAGACGGUCACCAACUGCUUCCUCAUGAGCCUCUGCUUCGCCGACUCGCUCUUCGCCCUCGGGAUACCCGCUGUGGUGGCGGCCAGGCUCAACCCGGAGUGGGCCAUUGGAGAUUUUCUCUGCCGGCUCCUUCCUUACUCCCAGCUGGUGUGCGGGUUCACGGUGCUGUGGAGCCUCACCUUCAUCAGCGUGGAGAGGUACAGGUGCCUCACACUGGACCCCAGAUUGAAGCUGUCAGUGUCUUCGGCGGGGCUGGUUGUCCUCACCAUGUGGCUGGUGGCCAUGCUGCUCUUCUCGCCCAUUCUCUUCUGGUUCCACCACGAGGAGGACCUUAGCAUCUGCACCAUCAUGUUCCCGAGGGCUCCGCCGGUCAAAGUGUCGCUCCUCUUCACCGUCGUAGUGACCAUAUUCGUCUGUCUGCUUCCGAUGGCCAUUCUCGUCUUCAAUUAUCAAAGGAUUUUCAUGAAAAUGAUUGAAACGAGACAGCGAUGGUCAACACCCUGCGUGCAGACCUCUUCGCUCACCCGCCAGGAACAGCAGAGGAUGCAGAAGCACAUCCGGGUGAUGCGGAUAUCCUUGAUGAACAUGGCGGUCGUCCUGCUGAUGUGGCUGCCCAUCACGGUGGUCCUCUGCCUGAUUUACAUUGAUGGGGACAGGCCCCUCGAAGACACGGGUUUCUUCCUUCGGUCUCACCACUUCUUGGCCGCCCUAACCAUAGCUCUUCUCAAUACUGCCAUUAACCCAAUCCUCACUGGUGCCAUCAAGUUCGCCUGCUGCAGGUCGGACACACAGGGGCCACCAUCCCUAUCCAGGCUUAUUAGAAUAGGAUCAUCAGUCAAUUGAUUAUUAUCUUGCAUAAAUAUGUAAUUAGCUAUUAGUUGUAUUGAGGAAAAGACUGAUAAAUAAACAGGAAAUAUUUUUUAAAAUAACUGUAACUAUUUUUUUUUU